AUGACCGGAUCUCGCCCAACUCUCCGACCUCGCCUUGCACCGCGGCCCCUGCCCCCGGCCUCCUUCCCGCUAACCGACCAGUCCCGCCGGCCUGGCACGGGCUGCUUUCCGGAGGUCUUUGCUGACCACUCGCCGUCCCGUUUCGGCCGCUAUUCACGACGCUUCUCUGUGACGGCUCUUCUCGCCCCACUAGAGCGGUGCCAGCCCAACUGCGCCGGCCGCGCCCAGCGGAACUCGGCGCCGCAGACGCGUUUCCGGAGGAGGGAAUUUGGGGUCGGACCUCAGGCCCUACGCAAUCUCCGGCGGCGACGGCGGCGCAUGGCGGCCCUAGGACAUCCUGCUCGGGAGAAAUCAGCGGCCGAAGGCCCAGGUACCGCCCGCGCGCCCUGCAGCCCCCGGCCCCCGGGAUCGCUUCCCAACGCCCCGAGUCCUUCCGCCAUCAGAUCCCAUCCGGUCGGUCUCUGCUUAGGGCUCUCCACAUGCAGUGACACCGCCCCCGGGGAGCACCCCGAACGCCGCGGAGGCGCCGCAGCCUCCAAGAAGCAAAAGAAGAAGAAAGUCCGGGAUGGAGCCUCGGUGGCGAAUGGAGGCGGGAAGGUCUCAGAAAAGCCGACCUCAGAGGAAGCGCCCCUAAGCGCGGAGGCUCAGGCGGAGCAGCUGGCCCGGGAACUGGCGUGGUGCGUGGAACAGCUGGAGCUGGGCCUCAAGAUGCAGAGACCCAGUCCGAAACAGAAAGAGCAGGCUAUUGGGGCAAUCCGAACCCUUCGCAGCGAAAGAACCCCCCUGCCCCGGAAGAGGCAGCUGAUGCACUCCUUGUUUGGGGACUACAGGGCUCAGAUGGAAGCUGAGCGGCGCGAGGCCCUUCGGGUACUCAGAACUGCAGCCCGCACAGCACAGGUGCAGCCUGUAGGUGAGGCCACCAGAAAGAAGAGUGGAAGGGUCUGCAGGCCUCGCCAGGCAGGGGUAGCCAAGGCCACACUGGACACUCCUGAUAAAGAGUUCAGGUUCAAUUUCCUUUAGCUUGUCUUCCGUCCUGGAACACUUUCCCUGCCCAGGUACUGUGGGGGUUUGUCUUGAGUGCAGAGCCUUUCCAGGAAUGCUCUGUCAGACAGAUGUGGGGUUGGUCUGUCCAUGGCUGGUCGUUGGAUCUGGUGCCAUGGCUGUGGGACAGAUGUGAGACCAGCCUAUUGGGUACUGUCAGAUAAGCACAAGAC